AUGAGCGUCAAGUUCCCUCUCCGCGUCCUGCUCAUUGGCAACGGCGGCCGCGAGCAUGCCAUCGCCUGGAAGCUGAGCCAGUCGCCCAAGGUCGAGUCUAUCAUCGCUGUGCCGGGCAACGGAGGAACCGCCACCACCCCCAAGACCAGGAACGACACCACCGUCUCCGCCGACGACUUCCCCGCCCUGCUGGAGCUGGCCAGGAAGGAGAACGUCAACUUCGUCGUCCCCGGCCCCGAGGCCCCUCUGGUCGCCGGAGCCGUCGACUUUUUCCGCGAUGCCGGUAUCGCAACCUUUGGCCCGGACAAGGCCGCCGCGCGCAUGGAGGGCAGCAAGACCUUCUCCAAGGACUUCAUGAAGAAGUACAACAUCCCGACUGCCGCAUUCGAGAACUUCUCCGACCACGACAAGGCCUGCCAGUACCUCGACAGCGUCACCCACAAUGUUGUCAUCAAGGCUAGUGGGCUUGCUGCCGGCAAGGGUGUCAUUAUCCCCACGACCAAGGACGAGGCCCGCGCCGCGCUCAAGGAUAUCAUGUUGGACAAGGAAUUUGGCUCGGCUGGCGACGAGGUUGUCAUCGAGGAGUUCCUCACCGGCGACGAGCUCAGCGUUCUGACCCUCUGCGACGGAAUCAACAUCAAGUCGUUCCCCCCGGCCCAGGACCACAAGCGCAUAGGGGAUGGCGACCAAGGCCUCAACACCGGUGGCAUGGGCUGCUACGCACCGACAAACAUCGCCACGCCCCAGCUGAUCGCCGAGAUGGACACUAUAAUUCAGGCCACCAUCGACGGCAUGCGCGAGGAGGACAUGGCCUUCAGGGGUGUGCUGUUCACUGGUUUUAUGAUCACCCCAGCCGGCCCCAAGGUCCUGGAGUACAACGUGCGCUUUGGAGACCCCGAGGUGCAGACCGUCCUGCCAUUGCUGUCGGACGAUACCGACCUGGCCGAGAUCAUGGCCGCCUGUAUUAAGACUAGCUUGGACCGCAAGAGCCUUACCUUCAAGAUCGAGCCCAAGUUCAGCACAACCGUUGUCGUUGCCGCCGGCGGGUACCCCGAGUCUUACGCUAAGGGUGAUGAGAUGACUGUGCAACAACCCCCUGCCGGCAUCAACAUCUUCCACGCCGGCACCAAGCUGAGCAAUGGCAAGCUCGUAACAGCUGGUGGCCGAGUCAUCGCAGCAACAGCAACUGGAGACACCCUCAGGGCUGCCGUGGACAAGGCUUACGAAGGUGUCAAGCUGAUUCAGUUCGAUAAGAUGUACUACCGCAAGGAUAUCGCCCACCGCGCCUUCCGCCCAACUACGGACACGAAAAAGGCCCUCACGUAUGCACAGGCCGGUGUCAACAUCGAGGCCGGCAACCAGUUCGUUGAGCGCAUCAAGAAGGCUGUCCGGUCGACGGCCAUACCUGGUGCCGACGCCGAGAUUGGUGGGUUUGGAGGAGAGGUCAACUUGGCCGGCGCUGGAUAUGCAGCAGACGGCCUAGUCAUGGUUGGUGCCAUUGAUGGAGUGGGCACCAAGCUCAUGAUCGCACAGCAGACGAACAAGCACGACACUGUCGGCAUCGAUCUGGUGGCCAUGAACGUGAACGACCUUGUCGUCCAGGGCGCCAAGCCUCUCAUGUUCCUCGACUACAUUGGCUGCAGCAGACUGGAUGCUGCGACUUCGGCAACCUUUGUCGAAGGCGUUUGCAACGGUUGCAAGCAGGCAGGAUGUGCCUUGGUCGGCGGCGAGACAGCUGAGAUGCCCGGCAUGUACCAAGGCGACGACUACGAUGCUGCCGGCUGCGCCAUCGGCAUCAUGGAAUCGAGCCACCGACUGCCUCGCCUGGACGCCAUGGCCGAGGGCGACGUGCUCAUCGGCCUCGCGUCGGCCGGCGUACACUCCAACGGAUUCUCUCUGGUGCGCCGGAUCCUCAAGGAGGCGAACCUCGAGUACUCGGCGGCCGCGCCGUGGGACGACAGCGGCGUCACGGUCGGCGAGUCGCUGCUGACGCCGACGCGGAUCUACGUCAAGCCGCUGCUCAAAGCCGUGUCGCAGAUCAAGGGCCUGGCGCACAUCACGGGCGGCGGGCUGACGGAGAACGUGCCGCGCAUGCUGCCGGCGCGGCUGGCGGCCGAGAUCGACGUCAGCGCGUGGGCGCACCCGCCCGUCUUCCGCUGGCUGCGCCGGGCCGGCAACGUCGACCCCGCCGAGAUGGCCCGCGCCUUCAACAACGGCGUCGGCAUGGUCGCCGUCGUCGCCCCCGCCGACGCCCCCGCCGUCAUCGACCUCCUGCGCGCCGAGGGCGAGACCGUCUACACCAUCGGCCGGCUGGUCGCGCGGCCCGAGGGUGGCGAGGGCUGUGUCCUCCGGGGGCUCGAGUCGUGGAAUUAG